AUGUCGCGACUCACGAGUCUCUCCUUCGGCCUCCUGCUAGCUGCGGGCUCUCUGGUUGGCGCUGCCCCAAAGCCAGGGCCCCAGCCAUCAAAGCCCCCGCCGACAUGUCGCUUCGCACUGAAGACGACACAAGAGCAAGUCCUCAAGGCCACGGAUGACUUCAUCUGGGACAUGCUGUAUUGGGAGGGCAAGUUCCACCAAAACAGCGUGGCAUACAACUCACUCAAUGGAAUGACAUACGAUGGCACCUUGCUUGACUGGACUACGGGGGAGCCGACACAGCUACACACCUUCAGCGCUGCAAGCAAAGAGGCACUAGCUUUCAUGCUGUACGCACAGGUCAUAAAAGGCUCGAAGGAAGCAGCCCGCUUCCUCUCGCCAGAUGACCUGAAAGCUGCCCCGGGCAUUGCCAGGUCGAUUCUCUCGACAAAGCUGCAGACAUAUCAGAACUUCAACCAGACAUAUCCAGGCUUUGGGGGGCAUCUUCCCUGGUUCACUUCCGACCAGCAGGAUAUCGCGCCUACGUAUGACUGGGUCAACCGGGUGCCUGGACUCGACAACGGUGAACUUCUCUGGGCAAUCUACGCGUGCAUACAAGCGCUGGAGAAAGCUCCCGGAUCCGACAAGACUUCCAAGGAACUUGCUGCUCAUUGGCAACUGUGGCUCGACUACGCUGCAAAGACCGCGCCCAAGGUCUUCUACCAGGGCGACGGCAAGGUGUGCGCCGUGGUGGCCAUCAAGGACCAGAGCCUGCCCCUCGACCACCCGGACCAGUCGUACUCUUGCGAAAGCCCGACGUCUUUGCUGGACGACCCGUACGAGGGAGAGACUCUGGCCUACUUCCUGCAGCUGUAUACUGAUCUGCCGGCCAAGGAGAAGGAUGCGAUCUGGACGUAUAAGCGGUCCGCCGGCAAACUCGCCAAGGUCGAGUAUUCCCAGGGUGGUGUUGGCCCAAUCACUGUCCGGAAAGGAUUUUGGUUCUCCUCUCACGAGGUUUGGAACCAGCUCGAGCUGCCUUAUUUCGAUGUAGACAUAGUGAAGAGAGUCUUCAUGAACGGCGAGCGCGUGCGUACGUGCAACAGUGUCGUCACCAACACUCCCGGCCUCUACGCCUCGGUCAACAACUCGACUGAUCCCGCCACGGGCGAGAUCCAGGGGUACAUCUCGCCGGCUGGCAUACCGUCCAUCUCGUGGCAGACCGACUCAUACCUGGACGUCGUAACGCCGUACGGGGCCUUCCCUGUCAUGAUGUUUGACAAGGCCGUUGGACUUGCUUGGUGGCGAAACAUGGUCGUGGCUAAGAAAAUGCAGAACAAGUACGGCAGCACGGAAGGUGCUCGCAUUGAUGGCACGGGAGUUUCGGCAAUCGUGACCUGGGACAGCAAGGUGCUCACGGUCGUCUCCCUUCUUGGCGGAGUGACUGAUCUUGUCCGUGACAAGAUGAAGGCCGAGAACGUGUAUCAAGACUUUUUGAGGAUCACCAAGACCGAGUACGGGAGGAUCUUUGACGGGCCGCUGGAAGGCGAAAAUGUCAAGCUGUGCUUGCCGAAAAUCAGCAUACCGGAUGCCGAGCUGGAGGAUUUCACGAGCUGUUCUGCAUAA